AUGCGUCCGAUCCUGCUCAAGGGCCACGAGCGCCCGCUGACGUUCAUUCGGUACAACCGCGAGGGUGAUCUCUUGUUCACGUGCGCGAAAGAUCAUCACCCGACGCUGUGGUACGGUGACACGGGCGAGCGCGUGGGCACGUACGUCGGACACAACGGCGCGGUGUGGACGUGCGACGUGAGCGAUGAUAGCUCGACCCUGCUCACGGGGAGCGCGGACACCACGGCGAAGCUGUGGGACGCGAAGACGGGGGAGUGCUACUUUACGUUUACGUUUGACCAGCCGGUGCGGGCGGUGGCGCUGGCGCACGGAGGAAAACGCGCGGCGAUCACGACGGAUCCGUUCAUGGGCGUCCCGAGCGCGAUACACAUCGUGGAGAUUGAUUUGGAGGAUCGGUCGAGGCAGACGGCGAGGGUGAUUCGUCGGAUCGAUGGACCGCAGGGACGGGUGACGCGCGUCUUGUGGGGACCGCUGAACCGAACGGUGAUCACGGGGGGCGAAGAUGGGAUCAUCCGGUCGUGGGACGCCGAGAACGGGGAAGUUUUGAAGAUUUCUCAGGAACACUCGAAACAGAUUCAGCACUUGUCCAUGAGCGAGGACGGAAGUCACUUUAUCAGCGCGUCGUUGGAUAAGACGGCCAAGGUGUUCGACUCAGAGACGCUGGAGUGUAUGAAGACGUACUCGGCGGAUCGUCCGGUGAACGCGGCGAUUUUAUCGCCGAUUAGGGAUCACAUCGUUCUCGGGGGCGGACAGGACGCCAUGUCCGUGACGACGACGAGCUCAAAGGCGGGGAAGUUUGACUCUAAGAUUUACCACAAAAUUUUCGAGGAGGAAAUCGGCGGCAUUCGCGGUCACUUCGGUCCGAUCAACGCCCUGGCGUUCAACCCGGACGGGCGAAGCUUUACGAGUGGAGGGGAAGACGGUUACGUGAGAAUCCAUCCCUUGGACAACUCGUACUUCGAGAUCCCAUGA